AUGACCAUGUUAUCAUCCGGUUUUCGAUGUACCUGCCUAGCUACUUUCGCGUGCUCUGAAGAACGUGAUGGGCAUUUUAAAGAGGAGCAAACUAAACAAUUGCAGCAACGACAACUAGUAUUCGACCUCCAGCAGCACCUCCAACAGUCCCUAUCUCACUCAAAGGCUGAGGAAAACGAUGUUCUCCGUGUGCCAGAGCCUAUGAGCCAGUAUGAAUCGCUCGCAAAGCAUAAAGAUCGAGAUGGUUAUCACUGCCCCAGAGACGACUGUUUCGUGAAGCCAGCCGAGAAGCUCACGGGAUUCCGGGCACACUAUGGAACGCAUGUCAAGCUCAAGCGUCCAUGCCCGAUCUGCGUACCAUCAUGGAUAUCGGGAACCUCGAUCGAAUGGAUCCGCCAUGUUCGUCGUCAUGAAACCGAGAGCGAAAUCGACGCGAGAUUCAUACGAGACAAGUGUGAGGAGCUAUUCAGAGGUAUCGAUGAGGAGCUCCUCUUGGUACAUCCGCGUCCUAAAUCCUUACGAAGCGAAAGAGCCCCCCAGAAACGAACACAAGAAGCGGCGGGAAUAAGUGUGGACCAAUCUAUAUCGCAGAAGCCAAAGUUGAUGAAUGCUGUGAACAACCACACUGAGGAGGCUGCUCAUGAAAAAGGCGAGAUAUUGCGGCAGCAGGCAGCAAGACCCUCUUCAAAUGUGUGUCCAACCAUGAACAAUGCCGACACCCAGAACAUAUCCAUGCACUUCGGCACGGCUACUCUUACAAACACGAUUGUGGAACCUUGGCAAGAGAGCAUGUCUACGAACGAGCCGGAGGUUUCUGUUAGAUCUGGUGGAAUGGACUCAUAUCUGCUUCAUAUGCAAGAUGCUCCCGCUAUAUAUGACGCUAUGAACUACUUUAUGUCUGGGUCGGGUAUCUAA